UUGCCUGUAGCCACACUUGAGGAGAGACACUGAGCCUGGAGGAGAGAGAGAGAGAGAGAGAGAGAGAGAGAGAGAGUCUUGUGCUGAUCACUGAGUCUGCAGCCCCCAGCCUUCCCUCUGUUGCUGCUACAGUAAGUGUGAAAGGCAGAGUGGGAGAGGCAGCGGAGGCAGAGCUGCUGUUUGUCUCUGAGACUUGGAGCGAGGAGGAGAGCGCUGUGAGCUGUGCAGAGCAGAGCCCGUCCGUCCUAUGGUAUGUGUCCAGUGUGAGCCCAGUCAUCUUCUGCCUGAGCAUCCUCGCACACCCGGAGCCUGACACCAGCCGCACAGACUGAGGAAUACUUGUGUCCACUGAACUGGUUUGUGUAGAGGAGCAUGUUGUGACAACCAUGUCUCUGGAGAUGGAGAAAACCAUCACCAAGCUGAUGUACGACUUCCAGAGGAACUCCACCUCUGACGACGACUCUGGGUGUGCGCUGGAGGAAUACGCCUGGGUCCCCCCGGCCCUCAGUCCUGAGCAGGUGCAUCAGUAUUACAACUCCUUACCCGAGGAGAAGGUCCCCUACAUAAACAGCCCUGGAGAGAAAUAUCGCAUCAAACAACUGCUCCACCAGCUGCCACCACAUGACAACGAGGUGCGUUACUGUAACGGGCUGGACGAGGAGGAGAAACGUGAACUGAAGAUCUUCAGCAACCAAAGGAAGAAAGACAACUUGGGAAGAGGCAACGUCCGUCCCUUCCCCCUCACCAUCACCGGUGCCAUCUGUGAUAAGUGCGGUGGUCAGAUAAACGGAGGGGACAUCGUGGUCUUUGCUGCAAGGGCGGGUCAUGGAAAAUGCUGGCACCCUCAUUGCUUUGUCUGCAGCAUGUGUGAGGAGCUGUUGGUGGAUCUCAUUUACUUCUACCAAGAUGGCAAGAUCUUCUGUGGGCGGCACCACGCCGAGAGGCAAAAGCCCCGCUGCUGUGCCUGUGAUGAGAUCAUCUUUGCUGAUGAAUGCACCGAGGCGGAGGGCAGACACUGGCACAUGAGGCACUUCUGUUGCUACGAGUGUGAGACCACCCUCGGCGGCCAGCGCUACAUCAUGAAGGAUGGACGACCACACUGCUGCAACUGCUUUGAGUCCCUCUACGCUGAGUACUGUGAUGCAUGUGGAGAACACAUAGGCAUCGACCAAGGCCAGAUGACGUAUGAUGGGCAGCACUGGCAUGCAACUGAGGAAUGUUUUUGCUGUGCCCGUUGUAAGCGCUCUCUAAUGGGCCGUCCCUUCCUGCCAAAGCAGGGGCAGAUCUUCUGCUCACGGUCCUGCAGCGCUGGACAGGAUCCUGAUGAGUCUGACUCCUCAGACUCAGCUUUCCAAAGCGCCCGAUCCCGUGAAUCUCGCCACAGUACCAAGAUUGGGAAAAAGGAGCGUAGGAAUGCAGAGCAGGAGCGAAGGAGUGCUGAUGUUCGCCAAUCCGCUCCUACUCCCAUGCCUGAUCGUCUGUCUGUUGAAAAUGAUCCCCUGUCUGUCCAGAUGGACCGUUUAAGCCUCUCAGCAAGCCAGACUCCAAGCAGGACUCCUAACCGCACACCCAGUCGCACUCCGAGCCGUGCCCCGAGCCUUAACCAGGUGUGGAUGAAUCGGGACGAGGCCUAUGUCCCUGCUGCUUACGAGGGCCCCCAGCGGGAGCCCUCCCCGACCCCUACACCUAUACAUCUCCUGGGCCAGUGUAACCCCAGGCAGGGCUACAAUCCCAACGCAAACGCUCAUCCUCCAGUCCAGAAUCCUGCCAACCCAGGAAAGAGGCCCGAUUCCUGGGGAAAGGAACAAGGCAAUGCCAAGAGGACCCCUAUGGCUGCACUGAGGGGCCACUCCUUUAAUGAAAACUGGAUCCACCACAGCCAGGAUGAGUUCAGGCCCAACAAGCUACGCACUCAGAUGAGCUUCAAUGAGAUGUCUAGCCAAAACCAAGGCUUCUCUGACAAGAGGAGCAUCAGUCUGCACGGGUUCCAGAGAAACGGCAGACCCCCGCUGACCAGGAGGAACCCCAUCAAUGCCAUGAGCUUCAACGAGCCUCUUACUCCUCUAGAACAGACUCCUCGUGGAUCCAUGGACUCCCUGACUAUGUCUCACGCUACAGCAGGUAACUCUCUGGAUGGGGUCAGUAAGCGACAGGAGCAUUUGUCUAGGUUCUCCAUGCCCGACCUAAGUAAGGACUCAGGAGUGAACGUGUCCGAAAAGAGCAACAUGGGCACCCUCAGUUCCUCUGUCCAGUGCCACAGCACAGAGUCUCUGUCCUCCUCUCGUCCAGUCAACAACAAUAUCUACGCUCCACUGAGAGUUGGCUACCCGCUGCAGUACUGGGACGGCCCACAGCCACCGAGCUUUGAUGGUAAAGGUUGUUUUGGGGUGAUGGGCAGCAGUGGAAACCUACGAAUGGCUCCCAUGAGUGACAGAAUGCCUCGUCGUCGCUUAACUGGGCAGGAAUCUGUGUCACAGCCACAGCAGCCGCAGCCAAGAGUCCGCAAACACCAUCGUCACCAUGCUAACGGGCAGCACCGCAGUGGCCGCCACCACAAACGCUCUCGGCGUUCCCGUUCCGAUAACGCCCUGCACCUGGUGGCUGACCGCCCGGCUCAAAUGGUGGAGCCGCCCUACCGCCGCGUUCAGGAGGAUUAUGAUCGAUUCCCCGCAGGUCAUGCUGCUCGGGAAAUGUUUGGUCUGGAGCCAGGUGGGUACAGGCAGCAGCCCCACCGGCCCUGCCCCCGCACCACCUCGGAUCUCACCCUGCAGAAUGCUGGCUGGCAACCUGUGGGGCUUGGUGGGCCACGCUGGACUGAUGGGCCCAUGGAGGCCGCUGACCCCUGGUGCUCCAGCUGCUCCUCUUCCUCCGAGUCAGAGGGAGAUGAGGGUUAUUUCUUGGGUGAGCCAAUCCCUCGGCCCGUGCAGCUGUGCUACAUCAACAACGAGGAGCUGCGCCAUCGCUACAGCCCCUCUGGGAUGGGCGCCCAUCACGGACCUCUGCAUGGGCCGAGUCACGGCCAGCUACACACUCGCCAGAGGAGGAAGAGCAAAAACUGCAUAAUUUCGUAGAUGUAGAGCAAAGAGAUGGUGAGGGAUGAGCAGGCGAAAGAAAUGAAAGGGACAGAGGUAAGCGAGACGGUUAAAGCAACAGAGAGAAGGAACAGAGGGAGUGGGAAGGUGAGAGUGAGACAACUGACAGCGAUGAGUAUUUGUGUGUGCGUGUGUGUAUGUGUGUGUGUGCGUGCACUUGUUGGGGUUGAAGAGAGAAACCGGCCUAUUUUUUGUGCUUGUGAACUUACACAACUCUGCGUAGUGUUUGUGCACACCUACACAGAAUGAUCUAAUCAUAAGAGGAAGCUCAGCUGGCUUACACAACAGAAAUGUUUACAAUGAACAACGCUGCUCAUGGUACCAGGAAGCACUGAUGAAUUUGACUAUACUGGGGUCAGAGUAAAUAACAUGACGUAUGUGUGUGCGUGCGUGCAUGUGUGUGUCUGUGCGUGUAUCCAUGUUACAGAGGAGAUCAAUCAAUCCAUUAACAGUUUGAGAGGGGAGGAGCUAACACUGGUCAAACUGCAGUGAUCGGACUGGCACUGUGUUCAUGCAGCUCAGUGAUCCAGGCCCUCUGCGGUAAAACUUCUAAUUCGAUGUGGACGACCCAGAAAUGGUGUUGGGACGUGACAGCUACGUGCUAGAUUCCAAGCUACGUCGUUGUUUACCUCAGUGGAAUCCAAAUGCUGCUGGAAUAUAGUGUUGGCUUGCUAGCCCUGUUAUCACUUUGUACAAAUAGUCUGUUGAACCUUGUGCUCUACAUAGCCAGCUCUCCAUGCUUUACCAAGGACAGAGCGCCGCACAGCCUCUGCUCCUUGACCAUUCAGGCACAGUAACGUCAGAACCACAUUGGCCUCCAUGAUUCUUAAAUGGAGAAGAUUGGAAAAACGUCAGAUAUCAGAGGAGAAGGCCUGUGGAUCCUGUGUGGACAUGAGAGAAACUUCCAGAAAACGGUGACCACUGCAGCACUGCACUGAUCGGGGGUCGAAUGUGUGACCAGACCAGACUUUGAGUGACUCAGUCCUUCUCAGUGAAACGCACAUGACAGCCUGCUUGUAGUUCACAAGUAACCUAAAGACCUCUCAGGCUGUGAGAAACAAGUUUCCUCUGAUGCGUCAGUGUCACGUCUGGAAGGAACCAGACGCCACUCAUCACCUGACAGAUAACCUCCCAACAGUGAAGCACCGUGCUGGGGAGGUGUUCCUCUGCGAUGGGUACAGAGGGACGGAACAGGAUAAUAACCCUGAGUCCACAGCGGAGCAAUGCAGGAGUGGGACAUCUCUGUAAGUGUCCCUUCAAUUAAUCCAGCAUCUGUGGAAAAACAUGAAAAUGACUUUCCACCAAGACGAUGAGCCGCUCAUCCCCAAGAUGACCCCUAUCACGACUACAUAUAUAUAUAUUUGAUAACCAUGCUUCUUUAUCUUUGUCACGUUGCAGUUUGGCUCAGUCUAUUUGCUGUAGAUGUUGAUUUUUUAAUUCCAAAAUCUGUUUUACAAGUAGUUUAUAGUGUUUACAGAGACCACUUUCUCAUUCAAACGAAGAUGAAUGUAGUCUCAGCAGUUAACGCCCUCCUAGAGAUGGCUAAAGAGCAAACACAAGACUGAAAAUGAAAUUUCAGGAUUUGAGCAGAAGUCGAGAUAUUCCAGCUUUAGGUUUCUCGCAUCAUUCAAGUUCCAAAAAACUAGAUCCUCCAUUUCCCAUAAUGCAGCAGAGUAUCUUCCAUUUGACCCUCUAUGCCUAGUUCACACCUGUUUUUCUCUCCAUACAUCUAUUUGAGUAGUGCAGCCUUUCUGUUGUAGAUUUGUGCUUCUCAAUCCUGAUUUAGAUAAUCUUCAGGGUUGCUUUUUUUUUUUUUUUU